UUUAUUGUUAUUUGACAACAAAUCGACUGCUCUGCUUAUGAUUUUAAGGAAAUGCAAUUAUCUAACUUAUAUUUAUUCCAAAAAUAAUUUUCUUCGGAAAAAAUUGUGAUGAAAAUCCACACUUACUGUAAUGGCUGUGUUCAGAUUAGAUCCUUGUGGCAUAAUCUGCAUUAUAUUAACUUAUUUAGCAGUAUUUUAUGCAGAUUAUGCUGUAGUGGAAUGGAUGGUAAUACCAACGAUGUCGACAAGCUUAUGGGGAGCUUUCAACGUAGUUUGCUUUAACACUAUAGUAUUUUUACUGAUCAUGGCUCACUUGCGAGCAGUUUUUUCUGAUCCUGGAAUUGUUCCCUUUCCUGAUAACAAUUUAGAUUUCUCAGAUAUGCAUAGUGGAGUUGGAUCUCCAGUACAUAAGGAGGAUUGGACUGUAUGCUCCCGAUGCGAAACUUAUAGGCCUCCUAGAGCUCAUCAUUGUCGAAUAUGUCGACGUUGCAUUCGCAGGAUGGACCAUCACUGCCCAUGGAUCAAUAACUGUGUUGGAGAAUUGAAUCAAAAAUACUUCAUCCAGUUUUUGGUAUUUGUAGGUUUAGCUAGUUUAUAUUCUGUCAUCAUGGUUAUCAUUUCGUGGGCAUCAGACUGUGUAGACUGUAAAAAUGAAAUGGUUUUUAAACAGCAUCGGGUGAUACAUACUGUACUCCUAUUAAUUGAAAGCCUUCUCUUUGGUAUUUUUGUGAUUGCUAUAAUGUGUGAUCAGGUAUGAAAUUUCAGUAUUUGUUUUAUUUUUUGUUUAAUUUUACUUGUAUAUUUAUUUGUUUUUUAUUAUUAGCAUUAUAUCAACCAAAUUUAAAAGUAAUUUUAAGUUAAAUAAAAAAGUUUUUUAGGUUAAAUAAAAGUUUAAACUGACUUAUAACAAUGCAAUUCAGUAUGAAACUGUUGAAUCAGAGAUUAAAAGAAUAAAAAGUUGUAUUGGUUGGUGUUAAGUUGAGAAAAAGAGACUGUUUAACUUAUCUCAAAAUUAAGUACAAAUUUUUACAUUAUAAGAAAUAAUUAAUUCAUCAACCUGUAACUGUAAUUUUCAUCUAUUAGGAAAUUUUCCAUUCUGAAAGUUAGAGAGUUAAAAUCUGCAUACAGGUCAGGGCUUCAAAAGUCAUUGUGGUACUUAAUGAUGAGUAUAAGCUUGAAGCUUUGCAAAUGUAUGUCAACAGAGUGGUGUAAAAAAAAAAAAAAAAAAAAAAAAAAAAAAAAAAACCCUUCAUUUGAGAU